AUGGGCCGCCGCCUCAGAUCUCCGCUUGACCGGCUGCACCCAGACUUUGCCGUGGCCGAACCCCCAGGCUGUGUUCCAGGAAACCAGGUCUUUGCCCGGAACUUUGUGGGGGACAUUCCUUGGGUGCCAGCCACAGUAGUGGGAGUCACUGGACCUUGCUCAUACCAGGUGGCACUCGAAGACGAACGUUUGUGGUGCCGGCACAUAGACCAGCUUAGGCACAGGGUUGGGGACUUGGACACUACCGCAGUGCCCCCAACUGUGCUCGUGGCUCCGGAACAGACACUUACAGAUGGUGAGGCUCCACCUACACCUCUCUCGCAAACUGCCGGCAUGGAACCGAACCAAGCUGCUUCAGAGAGUCUGCUGGACUUCCCACAGACUCAGACCACUGCUGUGCCUGACAUUCCGCCAACUCCACUUGCGGAUGUUCCACCCACAGCAGCGGAUCCAGGGGACUUGGUUUCAACGCCACCUAGGGUCGUGCCACAGCCUCAGCAAGAAUCGGGCGGUCCCCCGAACCUGGGUACCGCUCCCCGGUGGUCUGGCAGAGUUUCCAAGUGCCCAACUUAUUUAAAGGACUAUGUUGUUGGACAUGUAAUACUGUCAGUCUAA